GGGGCCGCGGGCAAGCCGAGCGGGCGGCCGAGGGGGCGGGAGACAGGAAGGAGGGAGCGCGCCGAGGGAAGGGGGAGAGGUAGGGAGAGCGCGGGGGAGCGGGAGGAGGGAGCGAGGGGAGCGCCUCCCCCUGCCUCCAGUCUCCGCUUCCCCUCCGGGCUCCCGCGUCCGGGCGCGACCCGCCGCCGCCGCCGCCGCCAACGCCGCCCGCCCGCCCGCGCGCCCGCAUCAUGCCCGGCGUGGCCCGCCCGCCGCUGCCGCUGCCGCCGCUGCUGCUGCUGCCGUUGCUGCUGCUGCUGCUGCUGCUCCUCCCGCGCCCCGGCCGCCCGCUCGACCUGGCGGACUACACCUAUGACCUGGGGGACGAGGACGAGCCGGAGCCCCUCAACUACAAAGACCCCUGCAAGGCGGCUGCCUUCCUCGGGGACAUUGCCCUGGAUGAGGAGGACUUGCAGGCCUUCCGAGCGCAGCAGGCCACGGCUCUCAGACAGCACGCCAGCCACAAGGCUUCCAUCAGAACUGCAGGGAACUCCUCUGCCCUGGAGAGCCAGAGCACCACUGGGCGACCCCAGCGGAGAAGCCAGGGGAGGCGGAGGAGCCGACCCCGCAGCCGGAGAGCUGCCACGUCCAGGCCAGAGCGUGUGUGGCCGGAUGGGGUCAUCCCCUUUGUCAUUGGGGGCAACUUCACUGGCAGCCAGAGGGCCGUCUUCCGGCAGGCUAUGAGGCACUGGGAGAAGCACACCUGUGUCACCUUCUUGGAGCGCACAGAUGAGGACAGCUAUAUCGUGUUCACCUACCGGCCCUGCGGGUGCUGCUCCUAUGUGGGUCGCCGUGGUGGGGGCCCCCAGGCCAUCUCUAUCGGCAAGAACUGUGACAAGUUCGGCAUCGUGGUGCACGAGCUGGGCCACGUCAUCGGCUUCUGGCACGAGCACACGCGGCCUGACCGGGACCGCCACGUCUCCAUCGUGCGCGAGAACAUCCAGCCAGGGCAGGAGUAUAACUUCCUGAAGAUGGAGGUGCAGGAGGUGGAGAGUCUGGGGGAGACCUACGACUUCGACAGCAUCAUGCACUAUGCUCGGAACACGUUCUCCAGGGGCAUCUUCCUGGACACGAUUGUCCCCAAGUAUGAGGUGAAUGGGGUGAAGCCUCCCAUUGGCCAGAGGACGCGGCUCAGCAAGGGGGACAUCGCUCAGGCCCGCAAGCUCUACAAGUGCCCAGCCUGCGGAGAGACCCUGCAAGAGAGCACAGGCAACUUCUCCUCGCCCGAGUACCCCAACGGCUACUCGGCCCACAUGCACUGCGUCUGGCGCAUCUCUGUCACGCCCGGGGAGAAGAUCAUCCUGAACUUCACGUCCAUGGAUCUGUACCGCAGCCGCCUUUGCUGGUACGACUACGUGGAGGUCCGUGAUGGCUUCUGGAGGAAGGCGCCCCUCCGAGGUCGCUUCUGUGGAGGCAAACUCCCUGAGCCCAUUGUCUCCACCGACAGCCGCCUCUGGGUUGAAUUUCGCAGCAGCAGCAACUGGGUCGGGAAGGGCUUCUUUGCUGUCUACGAAGCCAUCUGUGGGGGAGACGUGAAGAAGGACAACGGCCACAUCCAGUCGCCCAAUUACCCAGACGAUUACCGGCCCAGCAAGGUCUGCAUCUGGCGGGUCCAGGUGUCGGAGGGCUUCCACGUGGGCCUCACCUUCCAGUCCUUCGAGAUCGAGCGCCACGACAGCUGUGCCUACGACUACCUGGAGGUCCGCGACGGCCACAGCGAGAGCAGCACUCUCAUUGGGCGCUACUGCGGCUACGAGAAGCCUGAUGACAUCAAGAGCACGUCCAGCCGCCUCUGGCUCAAGUUUGUCUCCGACGGCUCCAUCAACAAAGCUGGCUUUGCGGUCAACUUUUUCAAAGAGGUGGACGAGUGCUCCCGGCCCAACCGCGGGGGCUGUGAGCAGCGCUGUGUCAACACCCUGGGCAGCUACAAGUGCAGCUGUGACCCCGGCUACGAGCUGGCCCCCGACAAGCGGCGCUGCGAGGCCGCCUGUGGUGGGUUCCUCACCAAGCUCAACGGCUCCAUCACCAGCCCUGGCUGGCCCAAGGAGUACCCCCCCAACAAGAACUGCAUCUGGCAGCUGGUGGCCCCCACCCAGUACCGCAUCUCUCUGCAGUUCGACUUCUUCGAGACGGAAGGCAAUGAUGUGUGCAAGUACGACUUCGUGGAGGUGCGCAGCGGGCUCACUGCCGACUCCAAGCUGCACGGCAAGUUCUGCGGCUCCGAGAAGCCCGAGGUCAUCACCUCCCAGUACAACAACAUGCGCGUGGAGUUCAAGUCCGACAACACGGUCUCCAAGAAGGGCUUCAAGGCCCACUUCUUCUCAGACAAGGACGAGUGCUCCAAGGACAACGGAGGCUGUCAACAGGACUGUGUCAACACCUUCGGGAGCUACGAGUGUCAGUGUCGCAGUGGCUUCGUCCUCCAUGACAACAAGCACGACUGCAAGGAAGCUGGCUGUGACCACAAAGUGACGUCCACCAGUGGCACCAUCACCAGCCCCAACUGGCCUGACAAAUAUCCCAGCAAGAAGGAUUGUAGCUGGGCCAUCACCAGCACCCCUGGGCACCGGGUCAAGCUGACCUUCAUGGAGAUGGACAUCGAGUCCCAGCCCGAAUGUGCCUACGACCACCUGGAGGUGUACGAUGGGCGUGAUGCCAAGGCGCCCGUCCUGGGCCGCUUCUGUGGGAGCAAGAAGCCGGAGCCCGUCCUGGCCACGGGCAGCCGCAUGUUCCUGCGCUUCUUCUCGGAUAACUCGGUGCAGCGGAAGGGCUUCCAGGCAGCCCACUCCACGGAGUGUGGAGGCCAGGUGCGGGCAGAGGUGAAGACCAAGGACCUUUACUCCCACGCCCAGUUCGGCGACAAUAAUUACCCCGGAGGAGUGGACUGCGAGUGGGUCAUCGUGGCCGAGGAGGGCUAUGGUGUGGAGCUUGUGUUCCAGACCUUCGAGGUGGAGGAGGAGACGGACUGUGGCUACGACUACAUGGAGCUCUUCGACGGCUACGACAGCACAGCCCCCAGGCUGGGGCGCUACUGUGGCUCAGGGCCCCCCGAGGAGGUGUACUCUGCGGGAGAUUCCGUCCUGGUGAAGUUCCACUCGGACGACACCAUCACCAAGAAAGGCUUCCACCUGCGCUACACCAGCACCAAGUUCCAGGACACACUGCACAGCAGGAAGUGACAGUGGCCGGUACUGGCCUGCUGCCCUCGGCCAUCUGGACAGAGCAGCGGGGACUGGGUGGAAGUCGGGCACCCGGGCCCCCGCCCCCGAGGCUGCCCGCAGGAAGCGGGGAACUGGACUCCUUCCAGAGCGGGUCCCCACAGCCCUUCAGCCCUCACUGUGAUGGGGCGGGACCAGAGCCCUCACUGACACACUUGAAGUGGCCCCUGCUGGGGGCCCAGCCUUGGGAGGGCUGCCCACUGGACCCGUCCAGCUGGGGGGAUCUGCAUUGUAGCACGCGUGCCCCCCGCCCCCGCUCCAACCUCCACUUGGUUCUGUUCUAAGCCUCUGCGACCCCCUGUCUCCAGGGGCUGAGCUGCUUCUUUACACGGCCCCCCGGAAUGGGGGUAGGGAGAGGAAGGGGAGGGGGAGGGGGAACCAGACAGGCUGGCCUGCCACUCCCGGGGCACGCAG